AUGGGAAACUAUCAAGCGUAUGAGGAUUCAAAGCAAGGACAUUUGGGCAAUGAAAAAUAUAAUUGCAUUUAUGUUGGUGAGAAAGUUUUGAAAACAUUUCCUAAGAGUAAAAGUCCCGCAAACAACUUCAUUCAUUGCGAUUUAUUAUUUGAAAAGGUGCAGGAAUGGAAAGGGUUCGAGACAAACUCUUUCGAAGAUGCGAUUGUCAUUGAUUUCCGUUGA